AUGGGACCUCUCCGUUCCUUCAAGCCAUAUGUCUACUGCCUCCUGUUCUUCUCCCUCGUCCCCUUGUCUCUCUCCGAGAUCAAGCACAUCCACAUCGUGUCGGACUCGAGGCCUCUCAUCCUCUUCGAGCAAUUUGGCUAUUCUCGCGGCGGCCAUGCCGUCGUCUCCGUCCAUGGCGCCUCGUGGAAGCCGCCUCCCCAAGCGAAGGACUACAACGUGGACCUUUCCACGAUGGGCUUCUUCCUCGUCCCCGUUACGCACUUCCCCCUUCUCGCCAACGAGUCGGAGCACGCCGUCCGCUACUGCCCCAUCUCCAGCCACUUCGUGACGUCCGUUCUCAGGUUCAAGGACCUCGGGACCAACGCCAGCCUCAGCCAGUCGGUCGACAUCGAGAAUCCCGACGAGUACAGCCUCCUGUUCGGCAGUUGCAACGCCGGCGUCGAGACCACCAUGGACGUGCGCACCGAGAUGUACAACAUGGACGGCAGCACCAAGGACUACCUACCGGCGGGGAGAAAGCCACUGCCGAAGAUGUACUUCACGUUCUCCGUGGUCUACCUGGUGUUCCUAUUGGCAUGGGCUGUCGUCUGCAUCAAGGAGCGGGCAACGGUGGACAAGAUCCACGUCGCGAUGGGGGCGUUGCUACUGUUCAAGGGUCUCAAGCUGCUUUGCGCCGCCGAGGACUUGUGGUACGUGAAGAAGACGGGGACGCCGCAUGGCUGGGACGUCGCCUUCUACGUGUUUGGGUUCUUCAAGGGGGUGUUGCUUUUCACGGUGAUCGUCCUCAUCGGCACCGGGUGGUCCUUCUUGAAGCCAUACUUGCAGGAGCGAGAGAAGAAUGUUCUAAAGAUCGUGAUCCCGAUGCAAGUCAUCGAGAACAUCGCUUCGGUCGUGAUCGGCGAGACCGGGCCGACGAAGAAGGAUUGGCUGACGUGGAACCAAAUCUUCCUGUUGGUGGACAUCAUCUGCUGCUGCGCCGUCUUCUUCCCCAUCAUAUGGUCCAUUAGGAGCCUCCGAGAGGCUUCCAAGACCGACGGCAAGGCGGCGAGGAACCUGGAGAAGCUCAACCUCUUCAAACAGUUCUAUCUGGUGGUCGUGAGCUAUCUAUACUUCACAAGAAUCAUAGUCCCUGCAUCUGGAAGGCUGCUUAAUUACAGAUACCACUGGUGUGCUUACGCAGCCAUGGAGGGCGCAAGCUUCGCCUUCUACGUCUUCGUCUUCCACAAUUUCCGGCCGGUGGAGAAGAACCCCUACCUUUUUGUUGGGGACGAGGAGGAGGAAGCCGCUGCAGGAGUUUUGGAGAUGGAAGAAGAGGCCUUCGAGCUUUGA